UCAAUACUUUGGGGAAUGAAAAAAAUACUGAUAAUAGAAAUCUUAAUCCGAUGCGAUUACUGUCCACACAUAGAAAGAGCAGUUGUGUUUCCGGACGUCCAUGAAGGCACCACCACAGCUCGUCAAAGCUUCGUGUGUUGAUGACGCCAUCAUUAAUCGACGGUUGAUUCUGAAUCGUGUGUUUACACGAUGUAGUGAGUGUUUGUGGCUCGUUAGGAGCACUUUUUAAUCAAAAAGUAUGCUGAAAAGUAUUUGUAUCUUUUAGUUCUCGGUUUGUUGGUUUUAAGGAAGCUGUCUCGAGAUGGAUACACCUCAAAAACUGGUGAAAACGGACUGUGAGGAGAUCUUGCACCGCUUCCAGCAGCAGGAGUCAGUCCGUUUUGAGAUUUUCUCCAAGAUAUGGAGGGAAAUGAAGUUCUCUGAGAUUUUCUAGUAAGUAAUUAAAGUCAUAGAGAAAAAGACACUUUAAAUGUUAUAUUGGUUUGAAUGUUCUCUAACUAUCUUUUUAUAGAUUCAUAAUUGAGAAUGAAGUAAGGUCAACUUACCCCAAACACGGGGUAAGUUGACCAUAGGAGACCACUUUUUUUGGCAUGCUAUAUCAUCAAGACAGUCAUGUUUAUAUUCUUUCUGUUGGUUUUGCAACAUCUUGAAAUAUAUGCAGAUACACUAGUUAGACACAAAACUAUGAUUGCCUUGAUGUAGUGAUCCACAAUAUGAAAAAUGACUCAUCUUACCCCUCUCUCUCCUCUAUGUAUGUUUUUGCAGCGGUUUACCAGCGCAGCAUGAGAAGAGAAAGUUCAGUCGUCUGAUUUUGGACACAGCCUGCAGCUACCUCCUGCCUCCGUACAGCUUCCAGAUCAGAGUUGGAGGACUUUACCUGCUGUACAGUUUGUACCGAUGUCAGACCUUCUCCCCUCCAGAACAGGUCAGGAGCACAAUCCAUGCACAGUCUGCACACCCCCCUUUAAGAGCAGAUCUUUAAACUAAGUCUUUUUACUGAAAUCUAUAAAUAUAUAAAGGUUAUGCUCAGUUCUUGUCCUCUGUCUGGAUGCAGAUCCGUGUGGCGCUGAAGGACUGGGAGUACGUUGAGAAGUUUGAGAAGGACGCACUGGAAGCCAAGCAUCUGGAUGUUGUUUACAUCCUCCAUCAGCUGAUGUGCUUCAAAGCUUUCCACUUCACCGCCAUGCCCACUCUGGUGAGCUUCUGACACAUUUGAUUCUCACAUAAACAUGGAUAAGGGACAAAAAUCUGGUGAUUUCCACUGAACUCAAGGAGAAAAAUGUCCUGAUUGUUUUGAUUGAGCUCCACCUAGUGGCAGAAAUGGCACAUGGCAGUUUAUAUCAAUGACUUGUCUUUCAGGGAGUGAUUACACUUUCUUUUUUUCCACUUAAAGAUGAAUAAAAAUAAUAAAUAAACUUAAAUACUUUAGGACAGUAAUUGUAUAAUAAAACACGCCCUGUAAGAAAGCAGGUAAGAUCCUUUUAUUAUACUUUUAUAUUUAUUUUUCUCUUUUGUCUCCCUUUUCCUCUCCUAACAGCUCACCUUCCAGAAGAAGAGGCAAAAAGAGAAGCCUCGAUUGUGCGAAGGCUUCAUUGAGCGAGCGUCUCGCCCCCAAGAGCUCAUCAAUAUUGAGCUGCUGGAGGUGAGCAGUGAAGUCGCUGAGGUCAAACACUCGGAUAUUAGAUUUUUCACGAUGUUAAACAGUGCUGGUUAUCAUCUUGUAGGAGUUAUCCAACAUCCACGACAUCUACGGCAAGCUGAAGACCUCAGCCUCUCUGAUGUCAGAAGACGCGCCUACGCCUGUUAAUCUGACGCACAAAGAUCUCAUCCCGAAGCUGCGCAGCACUGUGGUGGAUUUUUACACAUGGCAGCAAAAGAGGGUGAGACUGUUUUUUAUCUGACAAAAUGCCUUCAAUCAAAAAACGCUGCUUUGAACUUUUUGUCACUUUUUAAAAUAGUAAUUUCUCCAGUGCUUACAUGAGGAGAUGAUGACUGUCUUUCAGAUUGAGAGUGAUGAGGAGGACUACAGCGGCGAGGGGACGUCCUCACAGCAAGAGGUGAGUUUCCGUGAUCAACAUUAAGGCAUCAAGGCUCAAGUGAGGAGUUUUUUAAAUUCUUUGGUAUUGACUGAAUUUAAAUCGAUGCUUUUUUAAGAUGUACAAAAACAAACUAAACCAUUCGUGACAAGACUGGUGUGAGGGGGUAGGUGUCAGCUGAGCAGACAAAAGUUACUCACAAGAGCUUUGAAUUAGGGACUUAACACGUGUAUUUAUGUAGUAUUGCAGGCAUCUCUCAUAAAAUUUUGAAUAUCUAAAAACAAACUAUAAAUCAGAGAACCCUCACUGGUAAAAAACCUUAAUAUGAAAUAACUUUUUUGUACUUGUACCAUCACUAGAGUCGCACAUUUAGGGCUUUUUAAAUGAAGGCUUUAAAGCACAGCAUCUCAUCUUUGCCUUUGAAACAGUCAAACUCAGAAGUCUUUUGUAGUGAGAAGCACUCUUUCCUAACCGUGUGAUUUUUUUCUCAGAGCUCCAAACGGGCUGAAAAACUGGCUGCUAUCAAAUCAAGAGCCUUUGGACAGGCAACAGAGGUUUGUGUUAUCUGUUUGUGAACUAUUUCCUCAUAGUAAACAUGUAAGAAAGUGGAGAUUUAUUUCAGACUAUCUCUCAUUGUCUUAAAAGUUGAGCGUUGGCAGGAUUUUUCUUUUAGAAUAGUCAAUUGAAUCUUAAAUAUGUUUGUCCCAGGCCGCUAAGUCCCGGCGCCAUCGCCAGGUGGAGGUGGAUCUUACAAGUAACCAGGCAGGACCUUCCAACUCGUCAGGUCACACCAGACUAAGCAAGCCAUCACUGAAAGUCAGAACCAAUGAGAAUCUGCAUAUUUCAAGUGAGUCUCCCUAAACAUUACCACAUAUCUUAAUAAUAUAUAGAAUAAUACAUUUUUAAAAACAAGUUCUCACUCAAAGUAGAGGAAAAUACAGCAUGUUAUAUUUUGCUUCAAUUGAAAUACUGCUCUUUAUUCAAACUUUGUUCCCGUCAGGUGACCUGUGGAAAGAAGCCACAGCCACCACUAAGAUCAGUCGUCUCACCGCAUUGGACUUUGUUCCUGAAGGUACAAAACCAACAUCUUUAAAAACAUUGAUUUCUUCAGCUCUCACUGUUCAUUUCUAGAGUAAGCCUCCGGUAUUGAUUUGAAUAAGUUAUUAACAGUGUGACUUCUCUCCUUCGUUUAGAAAAACCAAAAAAGAACUACAGAAAAUCCAAUAAAAAGGUGAAGACAGCCAAAGAGUCGACCUGAUCUGAUCUGCUGUUCACUUGUUUUUGAAGUUUGCACUGCAAUGUUGAUUGUAAAGAAUUUUCUGUCUUUGUCCAUCACAGAAAUUUGUUGAUUUUACUUUUGGCCAUUUUACAAGUGUUGUUUUACGAUCACAUUGAAUGAUCUGUUAAAAAAAAAUAUUGUUGUGACUGUUCCUGUUCUUAAAGAUAACAUGUUAACAUUUUCAACAAAAGAAAGUAUAUUCUGUUUUUACAAUUUUUACCGAUCACUCCUUGAGAAUUUGCCUCAUACCUCCUCAAAGGAAACUGAACUGUUUGACUUUAACAGUAAGGAUGCAUGUCUGAAAGCUUUAGACUUUGUGCUUUUUUUCAUUAAGUCAAGAUGUUUUAAUGACUGUAAAUAUUUUCCUUGUACAGUUCAUAACUUUCUUCUGUGAAAUUCUUAGUUUAUGAAGUUUUUAUAAAAAAAAUGUUUGGUAUAA